GGUCGGGCGGCCGCUGCUGCCCCCUGGCGGCUGGGCGGAGAGCGCGGGAGGAAGCGGCGGGGCGGAAGUGAGGUCAGCCGCGGGGACGGAGGCAGCGGGACGCGGGGCCGCGGUGGCGGCGGGUUUUAUACCCGUACAUCAAUUAUUUAACAAAAGAUGUCGGAUGAUUUGUAUGGCAAGUUCCUGGCACCGGAUGAGCCAUUUCCCUUGUUACCACAGAGGGGGCACACCAGUGAUGUUGCCAGUCUUGAUGUCAGUGACUUUGGGUGCCAGCUUUCAUCGUGCCAUAGAACUGACCCACUGCACAGACUCCACACCAACAGAUGGAACCUGACUUCUUGUGGAACGAGUGUCGCGAGCUCCGAAUGCAGCGAGGAACUCUUUUCAUCAGUUUCAUGUGGCGAUCAGGAGGACUGUUACUCCUUGCUGGAUGAUCAGGAAUUCACUCAGAAUGCAUCCUUUGACCUCUUUCCAGAGGGUAGUGUCUGCAGUGAUGUGUCUUCCUCGAUCAGUACCUAUUGGGAUUGGUCUGACAGUGAAUUUGAGUGGCAGCUGGCAAGCAGUGAUUUUGCAAGUGGAAGUGAUGUCUUGUCUGAUGUGGUUCCCAGCGUCACUAGUUCUCCGUGCCCAGCUCUAAAGAGAAGAAAUAAGCAGCACAGAAGCUUGGAUGAGCUUCCGUGGAGUGCAAUGACCAAUGAUGAGCAGGUUGAAUAUAUUGAGUACUUGAGUCGUAAAGUGAGUACAGAAAUGGGACUCCGGGAGCAGCUUGACAUUAUUAAAAUCAUUGACCCAAACGCUCAGAUUUCACCCACGGAUAGUGAAUUUAUAAUUGAACUCAACUGUCUGACGGACGAGAAAUUAAAGCAGGUGAGGAAUUACAUUAAAGAGCAUGGUGCCCGCCAGCGAUCUGUGCGUGAAAGCUGGAGAAGAGGGAGUUACACAGGCUGCGGGGUCGGUGGUCUGAGUGGGGCCAGUAGCAGCAGUGCCAGCUUGGUAAGUUCAGCAAGCAGCAGUGGAUCCAGUGGCAGCAACUCUGCGUCUGCUUCAAGUGCCAACAUGAGCCGGGCUCACAGUGAUAGCAACCUGUCCACCAGCGCCGCUGACAGGAUAAGAGACUCGAAGAAGCGAUCCAAACAGCGCAAACUGCAACAGAAAGCAAUGCGUAAGCGCCAGUUGAAAGAACAGCGCCAAGCAAGGAAAGAGAGACUGAGCGGGCUCUUCCUGAACGAGGAAGUGCUCUCCGUGAAGGUGGCUGAGGAGGACCACGAAGGAGAUGUGGACAUAUUAAUGUGACCAAAUGUAAAAUAGCAAUAUAUAUUGAAUUUAAAAGAUAGUGGAUUAUCUAACCAGUGGGAAAGCUGGAGCUGAAAGUUGAGACACAAGCUAAAAGGGGCUGAUUUCUGUUUACAAUUUAACAUUGUGUACUUUGUUUUUAAAACAACUUGGUAAUUCUAUAAAGCUGCUGAAACAUUAAUUUGUAUAGAAAAUGUUAAGUGUAGUUCAGUCUGUAAGAUAUCCAAAUGACCUGGCGAGAACAGUAUGCUUUUGAAACUAUAUAUAUUCCUAUGACACUAACGUGUGCACUAUUUUAGUAGAAAUAUAUUUCAUUUUUUUGUGCUUUGCUGUGGUAUUUGAAAUAUUGCCUGUGGACUGUAUAUAGAUAUUAUAUAUCAGGAUAUUUCAUGUUUUGUUACAAAUAUUGUGUAAAUCCUAUGAAACUUCGGAAAUUCAGCAACAUCUGACAAUGACUGUCACUAGUGCAUUUCUUAUCUGAAUCACCAGACUGCAUGAUUAAUCCAGUCAACUUUUGCCAAUUUUAUCGAUACAAUCCAUUUUGUUCUGGUUGCACUUCGUCUAAGUUGGAUCAGUUGAAUCUGUUUGCAAGAAUUGGGACAAACAAAUUACUUUAUAGAGAAAAAAAUCUGCUUUGUUUUAUAUUAACAGAACUGACUUAGAAAAUAAUAGGAUAGAAUUUUGUUUAAAAAGUAAGGCUGCUUACUCCAAAACCUAUUUUUACUCACAACUGAUCGAUCUGUGUUGUCAUCAAUGAAUAGAAUCCAAAGUCACUCCUUGUGAAACAAAAUGCUGGCAAUGGUUACAGAGCUGUUAGUAAUGCGUAACAUCUUGGAAACCACCAGCACUCUAGCCUAUUGUUCAGACAUUGGAGUGACAUUCAUGACAAUUGUAAGUCUUGACUCCAGUGGAUCCUGCUUGGAGUUAGGGUGUUGUCACCAGAGUGGCUGAGAAUGGAGACUCAGUUAGUGAGCCUACUGUCAUAAACAUCCCUGCUAACCGAACAGAAAAAUAAAAGGAACAUCUCAUUGGUUUUCUGCAGAGAUGACUUCACUCCCCUCCUCCACUGAGACACUUGCUUUCCUUCUCUCUUCACUGCAUUAGGGUAUAAGCUGCAGUAUAAAGGGGGGAGAAAUAGCUUAAUGUCCUUUUGUGUACAGUACUUCUGAUAUAGGUCAGUAUAUAUUUGCAGUGCUGUACCUGUAAGGACUGUACACUAGGUAGAUGUAUUCGUGCAUAAGGUAAUUGAAAAUUGCUUGCUUUCAUGUGUGAAGGAAAAAAUGCAGAAGCAUUUGUGGACCAUGUUGGAUUUUAAUUUAACAAGGUAAUCACUGUGCUCUAGUGAGCAAAGAUUUGUGGCCUUUAAUGCCUUUUAGUUACCCUUCACUGCAUUUUUAAAAUCUUGCCUUGUGACUUUUGUUGCAAAUAACUGAUAUUUGUUGAACCUAAACAAGAUGACUGGCUAGUCAGGUGCAAAAUUUACAUUAAAUGAGUAGUUUGAUUUUGGAUAUGGAUUUGUACUAUGAUUUCUUGAAUAGUUGAAUUACGCAAAACUCGUACUUGAGUUAUUUUGUGUUUGAGUUCAUUGUCUCAGGUUUCUGAAUAAUUCUCAGGGUAAAAGCUGGGUUAAAAGCUAGGCGUGUGUUGUGUUGGGUGCAAAUUACUCCUGUAGCUGUAUCACAAGAGCCAUCAGAUGCAAUUAGGUGCAACACUCUUGGUGACAUUAGAUCCACAGCGUUGUUCAUCAGUCUGGUAUCUUCAAGGCAGUGCUUUGUGUGAAUGUUUCCUCUAGCCUGCCCUUGCCUAUUUCCGUAAAUUGGUUUAUUAUCGUCACAAGUACUGAGGUACAGUGAAAAACUUUGUUACAUACAGAUGACCAUACAGAUCAUUUCGUUACAACAGUGCAUUGAGGUAGUACAAGGGAAACCAAUAACAGAAUGCAGAAUAAAGUGUUACAGAGAAAGUGCAGUGCAGGUAAACAAGUUGCAAGGCCAUAAGUUCAAGUUACUUUAUUGUCAUUCACCCAUAUGCUAUAAAAACACAUGGUGGAACAAGACGUCGUUUCCCCCAGACUCUCACAACAGAGGACAUACAUAAAACAGAAGACAUACAAUAAAUGCAGACAAAAAAAUUGCAAGUACAAAUCAUGUAAAAAAUGGUAUAUACAGAAUACAAUUUAGUAUUCUGAAUGAGUAGACUGAGGUCAAGAGUCCAUCUUAUCAUACUAGGGCACCAUUCAAUAGUCUUAUAACAGCAGGAUAGAAACUGUCCUUGACACUGUGGUACGUGUUUUCAGGUUUUUGUAUCUUCUGCCUGAUGGGAGAGGAGAAUGUCCAGGGUGGGUGGGGUCUUUGAUUUUGUUAGCUGCUUUACUGAGGCAGUGAGAAGUAUAGACAGAAUCCAUGGAGGGAAGGCUGGUUUCUGUGAUCUGUUGAGCUGUGUCCGCAACUCUCUGUGGUUUCUUGCGGUUCCGGGCAGAGCAGUUGACAUACCAAGCCAUGAUGCAUCCUGAUAGGAUGCUUUCUAUGGUGCAUCUAUAAAAGUGUCCGUAACUAUCUCCAACUACGCAUACCUUGCAUCUCUGAGCUCAUUGAGGGCAGGAUAAUGUUCAUUGCCGCACUAUUGUCAACUCUGUUUUCAGUUGGUUUGGUCAUAAGGGCAUAAGAUUAUAAGAAAUAGAAAUGGGCUCCUCAUGCCUGCUUUGUCAUUUGAUAAGAUGAUUGAUUUUCCACUUCAUUGACACUUUCUGAUGUUCCCCCAUACCCUUUGAUUCCCUUAAUAUCUAAUUAGUUUCUGUCUUGAAUAUAGUCAGUCCCUCCACAGCCCUCUUGGGUAGAGAAUUCCAAAGAUUUACUAACCUCAGUAUAAAUUCUCAACUGUGUCCUGAAUGUCUGAUCUCUUUGAUGCCUGGUUCUAGGCACACCAGCCAUGCAUAACAUCAGCUCCACAUCUACCCUGUCGAGCCUCUUAAAAAAACUUUGUAUGUUUCAAAGAGUUCUCUAAUCCUAAAAUUUAGGAAUAUAGGCCUGGUCUCUAUGAUAUCCCAGGAAUCAAUCUGGUGAACCAUCACUGUGUCUCUCUAUUUAAAAUACCAUUCCUUCGGUAGGGUAUCUCUUGUAUAAACUCCUCUUGCAAUAAAGGUCAACGUAUUGUUUGCCUUCGUGAUUGCUUGGUGAGCUUGCGUAUUUUCAUUGAUUCAAAGCAAGGGCACUCUGUGCAUCUUUUGAAUCUCUCAAUUUUUUCCACCAAUUGAGGAUGGUGUUAUAAUUUUCCAAGUUGUAUUCCAUCUACAGCGUCAAUGUUUAGCUUGUGUGUAUGUUUGGAAGCAUCUUUACACCCUCUUUAUAGCCCACACCACUAUUAUCUGCUUUUGCCUCUUCAUCUUUUUGCCUUUCUUUAAAGAUGUCCCUUAAAACCUACCUCUUUGGUCACCUCCCUAAAAGCUGUUUGCAUGGCUCAAUGAAAAAGAUGUUGCUCCCAAUUAGGAAAGAUUUGGAAUAUCCUUGUGGGGACAAAUCAAUUUGUAUAGAGCCAGAGUCAAGUUUAUUGUCAUAUGCACACGUACACAUAUGCACAGGUGCAAUGAAAAACUUAUGUGCAGCAGCAUCACAGGCUCAUAACAUCAUAUAAGCAGCAUUCACAAGAACAACAAAUUAUACAUAAUUUUUGCAAGAAAAAAAGCACAAUGAGAACAAAGAAAAACAAAGUCAAUUUUAGUGCAAAGUAAUCAGAGUGGUCAUAGUUGUUGCUAAACUGUAGUGGUGAUUAGGGUUGUGCAAGUUGGUUCAAGAACCAAAUAGUUGAAGGGCAGUAGUUGUUCUUGAACCUGGUGGUGUGGGACUUCAGGCUUCUGUACCUCCUGCCCGACGGUAGCUGUGAAAAGAUGGCAUAGCCUGGAUGGUGGGGUUCUUUGAUGAUGGAUGUUGCCUUCUUGAGGCAGCGCCUCCUGUAGAUACUUCCGACGAUGGGGUGGGAUGUGCCCCACUGCUACUGAGUCCACCAGAGCUGUGAAAUAAAAAUGUUAUGCCCAUGCUACUUGUAUCUUGUGAUCAGGUCUCCAUAUAGUGAGGUAGCCAGAGGACCAAAUCUUCAGAGAAACUGGAAAUGUGAUAUAAGGGGACUUUAAUUACUGGAAUAUCAGUAUAAAUGAUAGAAUGAAGACUGAGGGGAAGAAUUUCUGAAGUGCAUUCCUUUACUGGCAUUUUCUCAGUCCAGCUUGUAAGGAGGCGUUGGUGGAACUUGUGUGGGCAAGGAGCCAGACAAGUGUCUGGGAGAGCAGGAGUAAAAGUGAUCAUUUUAUCAUAAAGUUUAGAUCAGUGCAGUGAAAUGAGGAACAAUUAAGGUUGAGAUUCUAAAUUGGAAGGGGGCGAAUUUCAAUAGGGUGAGAAGGGACCUAUCCAGGGUAAUAUGGAACCAAAGAUUAACAGGUGAAGAUGUAUGGAACAAUGAGAGAGCUUUGAGAAUAUACUUGAAUUAAUUGAGUUUAUUGUCAUGUGCACAAGUACAGUGAGGUAUGGGUACGAUGACAAACUUGCAGCAGCAUCACAAGCAUGUAGGUACAGACAAUACACAGAAUAUAAAUUAUACCAUACAGUGACCAAAAGACUGCAGAAGCAAGACAGAGCAAAAAAAACCAAAGGCACAACCGAAGACAAGUCCAUAGUAGUUCAAGAGGUGGUGCAUUAUGUUGCGUUACGUGUAUUCCCAGAAGAGGAAAAGAUUGAGGAACCAAAGCCAGGAGAGCAAGAGAGAUAGACUUCAUGAAGACGUGGGAAAAAAAAUGAUCUAUGAUGCACGUCAGAGGAUUUAAUUUCUUUAACAUUGUUAACGGUGGUGUUUCCCAAGGGUAAGUUCUAAGAUGACUGUUUGUUUUGACAUGUACAAAUGAAUUGGAGAUUAUACACGGUCAUAACAGGUUUGAAGAGUUGUAGAAUGGUAUAAUAUGAAAACAGGCCAUUCAUCCCAACUCAUCCAUGCCGACCAGUAGGCACCUUUCCAUAUUAAUUCCAUCUCCUGGCACUUGGUCCAUCGCCUUCCAUGCCUAGGCGGUUGAAGUGCUCAUCAAGACAUUUCUUAAAUGCAGUCAGUGAUCCAGCUUCAACCACUUUCUCAGGUAGUGGAUUCCAGGUACUCACUACUCUCUGGGUGAAGAAGGUCCUCCUCAUAUCUCCCUUCUCAAUCUCUUCUCCCUUACCCUAAAUCUAUGUCCUCUGGUUUUAUCUACCUCUCAUGUAGGGAGAAGUUUCCUGCAGUCUAUCUUAUCCAUACCCUUAAUAAUUUUAUAUACCUCAGUCAUGUCCCCUCUAAACCUCUUCUGCUCUGAGGAGAACAGAUGUAGCUUCUCCAGUCUCUCCUCAUUACUGAACUGCUCCAUCCCAGGCAACAUCCGGGUGAAUCUUCUCUGUACCCUCUCCAGCACUAUCAUAUCCUAUAGCAUGGUGACCAGAACUGCAGGCAGUACUCCAACUGAGGUCUGGCCAAGGUUCUAUAAAGUUCCUCCCUACUCCUGUAUCCAAUGCCCCGACUAAUGAAAGCCAGCAUCUCGUAUGUUUACCUAACCACAUUACCUACCUGUGUUUCCCUUUCAAAGAUCUAUGGACUUUUUGGACAAGCCCUUCAUUCCUGCAAUCAUUCUUGUGAAAAUGUUAGUCAGCAGAUCCAUAGAAACCUUCUCUUGGACACCCCUCAUCUACAUGAAAUGAGAAGCCAGUUUUCUCCUUGCUAAAUAUGAAAACAAGUGGUUAGCUCUGAUCGUCAAUGAUUUCCAAUUUUCCUGUAAGUACAGACAUUUUUGAAAUGUUACAACGGCUACCUUUGUUAAUUUUACAAACUGAUAUGUAAAACUUUCACACCGAGUCAGGUCAAACAGAAUCUAAGUGGGAAGUAAUUGAUCACAGCCUCUGACUUUCCAACCAUAUUCAUAUAUUUUUUAAGUCACAAACCUUUGGCCUAUUAUGAUUAUUUGUAGGAAUAUAUCACUUCUGUUGACACACUUACUCAUUACUGAAGAAACUGAGCGUUCAAUCUGAUUUGUUAAUUACCUCUCGGCUUUAUCUCUGUUAUAACAACACAUUAAUCCUACUCUUCUGCGAUUUUAAUCUGAAAUAUUGGCUGAUAAAGCAGGAAUCAUUUGCAAGGAUUGCCAAAUUGGGCUUUCAUCACCCUUGCAAAUGUAUUGGUGAUGUGUUAUUUUUACCACAUCUGUUGAUAGGUUCAAUAUGCAGCAAACUUGUCCUGCGAAUUGCUGUAAUUUGUCUUAAACACAUGGAUUCAUUCGUAUAUUUGCACAGUGCAGUGAUGGAUGCUGAAAGUGCUUGGAUAUGGAUUGUAAUUCAUUUUUGCUUUAUUGCACACAAAUUUCCUGUGUACUUUGAUGGUUUAUGUUUAGAUUUGCAGGAUAGAAAUGACAUUAGCUUGAAUAAAUCCAUUAUUCCUUUGA